AGCCAUUCACAAAAUGGCGCGAUGCCGGCCCGUCAUAGUUGUUUCCUUUAUCCUCAACACGAAGGCUUUGUGUUGUGUGUGUAAGCAGUGUGCACGUGGGUGUUAUGCAAAUACAAGUUAGAAGGAUGCUGUUACCGAUAAAGGGUGAAGGGCAGGGGACCUAAAAGGUGUUGGAGGGAAUUGACUUGUGCGUCGUAAUUCGAUUUUACGGGAGGAGUUAUUUCCUUCAGCCGUUACGUCGCUCAGCCAGCGUUUGGCUCUGUUCGCACGCGUCGAACGUGGAGUCCGUGAGUUUCAAAGUGUGCACUGCCUGCCUGGCCUUGCCUACUCGAGACUGCCAAUCCUUCACUCGUGGCCUCGAACACUAACCACAACGCGCCGAACAGAUUCCUCGAUCGACGUGGUGUUUCCUAACUUCGCCACAGAAGAGUUCAGAAAGCGCACAAGUUACGCGCCUUGAUUCCGCGUACAGCACGGCGAACGCUAAGACUGAAAGGUGCAGCGAAACUUUUUGAGUUGUGGACGACAGGAGAGAGAAGAGGAAGACCCCCUCCACGAGACAUCAGUCAGAGCGAGGGGAGGUUCCGUGUACAUCGGGAGGAUAAGGAUUUAUUGCUGUAAGUUGGCGAGGCCACGGCCCGCAACUUCUGCGCCCUUUACCCUCCCCCUCCCGCCUCCUCGCCCUCCCCUCAGGACAUGGCCCGCAGAGGAGAGCGCGAUUCCUGCACUAAGGACUCACCUCGGGUUCAGCUCGAGUUGCCGUGUGUGCUACCAGUCGAGGAAGCGUCGUGGCAGAGAUUUCAGUCGCCAGUAACUGUAGUCGCCUGCCUUGGUGAUUUCGUGGUUUUUAAGAUGUGAGGGGCGUGGACCCAGUGGUCGAAAGGCCACUUUUGACAGACUGUUGUUCGUGACGUCACCGACAGUUUUGGCAGGUUUAUUAUUAUUAUUUUUGUUAGCGCUUGUUCACGUGUCAGCCAUACAGUGGUGCUGAGAGAGAGACAAAAAGACUGAUGAUGGAGGGAAACAAAAACCCGACUAGCAACCACUUCUACUGAGAUAUGUAACCUGGACUUGAACGUGGAUAUGCCGUCAGAAUUCUUCAGACAAAAAGGCUUCGGUCUUUUAGUUCCGCGAAUUUCUCCGAGGGGGAAAAAAACCUAGCCAUCUGGCAAACCUGGCAAAGCUUUUUUGCUACAUCCGCGAUGUAUACGCUGCUAAAGCUAAACAGUUUAGCAAACAGCUAAACCAACCAGCGGUUUGUCGUCUUGUGGAAUUGCACGGCACGGUUCCGUCGUGCCUGGAUGACCAUUGUGUACCUGCUGUGACCGUGUGUGCUUAUAAUUCUCUGAGACAGGACUUAUUUUCUUGAGAUUAUCUUCAGUGGAGUGAGAAGUCCAGCGCCGAAAGUUGAGUGUUGUCAAAAAAGUGGUUAGCAGGAGGGAGCGGGGUGGCAUGGCUAGAGCUCCCUCCCUGCUAUCGGUGAGCACGAGGCAGAGGAUAUUGUCUGUCUUGCUGGUCGUACUUCAACUGCUGCUGCUGCUGGUGUCGCAGACGACUUUCGUGGCUAUAGCGGAAGCGUCAAAGAUUCCUGAUUAUGAAUUUCAGCUAACAUUCUAUGAUAAACCAGUUCCUUGGAGAAAAUGUCCAGAAGGCUGGAUACAGUAUGGAUCAAAGUGUUACAAGACGUUCUUUCAACAAGUAUCAUGGCAAGAAGCUGACAAAGUUUGCAAAAGUUUGGGUGGAAGUCUGGUGGAGGUGAAAGGAUUUAAUCAGAACCAAGAUCUUGGUCAGAUUAUUAGAGAGGGUCUUUCCCAGAGUUGGACUACAGACCAUGUGGUCAGCCUGUCCACGGGGAACAUCUCUCUACAUUCAUGGAUAGGUUUGAAGAGAGGCGUGAAUGGGGAUUAUACGUGGGCCAGUGGCAGAGCAGGGCAUGAACAGCAGGGUUUCUGGGAUAUAGGGAAUCCGCCCACAAUAUCCACAUUAAGUAGCAAUAUCCAUGUGAAUGAGCAAUGCUGUGAUAUCAAUCUGAACUCUACCGAGUACGGGGAGUUCCGAUGGAGCUUGACUGGAUGUGACAACAAAAGAAUCUUUAUGUGUGAAACAUUUGCAUGUAAUAAAUACCAGUUCCGGUGCACCAACAGCCAGCAGUGUGUGGGCAGCAAAUCAGUCUGUGAUGGAGAGCGUGACUGUGAUGAUGGGUCUGAUGAGCUUGAUUGUGGCCUAGGGGUUGACUGUGGAGGAAGUUUAGAGGGCCCCUCUGGAACAUUCCAUUCACCAAGAUUCCCUGAUUUAUACCCAGACUAUGCCACUUGCAUAUGGCAGAUCUGGACUCCUGUAGGAACCAAAGUACAACUGCAGUUUGAAACCUUCAGUACUGAACUCAGAUAUGACAAAGUUGAAGUGUUUGAUGGAAGUGAGAGACUGGACAAUGCUAGACUUGGAAUUUACUCUGGAAAUCAGGUGCCUGUAGUGCCUCUGGCAUCAAGCAAUGUUCUUCUAGUCACUUUCACCUCUGAUUUUUCUCAACAAGCCCAUGGUUUCAAUGUCACAUGGUUUACUGAGUCUUUUGGGGACCACUCUGGGGCUUGCGGAGGCAAGUUUUCUGCUGAUACACAAGUGCAAUGGUUCACAUCUCCUCUGUUUCCUACUCAUCCCUAUCCUGACAAUCUUGUGUGUGAGUGGAUCAUCACUACCCAUAACUCCUCGGACAUUAUAACUUUGCAGUUUGUGGAGUUUCAUCUGGAUAGUCCCUAUGACUGGGUAGAAGUGCAUGAUGGAUCAGAGGAGCAGGAUCAACUGCUGGGGCAUUUCUCAGGCUCAGAGUUACCUCAGGUCAUUGUGUCAUCUGGUCCUGCCAUCUUUGUUCGAUUUAAGACUGAUUUAAGUCAUGGGGAAAGAGGUUUCAAUGCAACUUAUGAAACAGGAUGCAGUGUAAAUAUCAGUUCUGGAUAUGCAAGAAUAUCCUCACCAGGAUAUAGGGCCAACAACUACCCAGAUAACACAUACUGUGUCUGGCAUAUUAUUGACAAUAGUUCCAGGAAUUUGACACUUAUCUUCAACUCAGAUUUUGAGACUGAACUUUACAUGGAUGUUGUCAAGGUUUACAAUUCUAGUCAUUCAUCAGAAAGAAAUCUUGUAGCUGAACUUUCUGGCAAUGUGAUACCAGCGCGCUUUCACUCUGAGAAGGAGUUUCUCAUUAUCUUUGAAUCGGACGGAAAUGUGAACCGACCUGGCUGGGCAGCUGCCAUUUCCUAUGACUGUGAUCCUCUGCCUAUAAAGCCACCUUUACAUAUAAACACAAGUUCAGUGGCAUUUGGCUCAGCAGUUGAAUACCAGUGUCAGGAAGGAUACAUCUUAAGUGGUCCAUCAAUAACAGUGUGUGGCUUACAGGCUUGGUCACCCAGUGCAGUACCUUACUGUCAAUUGAUCGACUGUGGAUCGCCAAGUAUUCCAAAGGAAGGCUAUCUGGUCCAUUUAUCAAACGCAACUUAUGGAGGAGUUGCCUCAUACAGAUGUAAUACUGGCUUUCGGAUGCAGGGCACAAACAAGACCGUGUGCAAAGAUGGCAAUUGGACAAAGCUACCUACUUGUGAAGAAAUAUUCUGCCCCAAGGAACCACCACCUUCAAAUGGCACAAGCAUGGCAGAGGACAACAGAUAUGGUGCCUUACGAGAAUACUUCUGUAAUCAUGGUUACCAGCUCAUUGGAGCCAAGUUUUCUCACUGCACAGCUAAUGGCACCUGGUCCAGUCCCAUUCCACGAUGCCAGAUUACUCAGUGCCCAGCUAUUAUGGGCCUGUCCAAUGGUUACCCCAGUAAGACCGGACCUGUCAGCAUUAGAGACACAGUGGUGAUUAGCUGUGAUUCAGGUUAUGAAAUGAUUGGCAAUAGUACUCUGCUUUGCACUCCAGAUCUCAUUUAUGACAAGCCUCUUCCAGUGUGCAAAGACAUUGAUGAGUGCUCAUCAGCUGAAGGAAGUAUUUGCAGGAAUGGUGUGUGUCAGAACCUUCCAGGUGAUUUUCGCUGUAUCUGCCAGGCUGGUUACAAGAAUCCUGGAAAUGAUGAAACCAUCUGUAAGGAUAACAAUGAAUGCCAAACUGCAAAUGGAGGCUGCAGUCAUACUUGUGAAAACUUUCAAGGAGGAUACAGAUGCACUUGCAGGCCUGGAUUCCAGUUAUACAAUGGUUCUUUGACCAACUAUAGUGGCUCACAGCUUUCACCUGGGAAGACCUGUAUUUCUGUCUGCCAGCCAUUUUCUGUGAUGGAGGGGUCAGUGUUCUACACAAAAGCACCGCUAAAAGAUGGCACUUUCCUUUACCCUGCUGAGGCUUUUAUCAGAUGUCCUCUUGGAAGUAUACCUGAUGGACCAGCCCUUGUCAAAUGCCAGCAGGAGGGGGGCUGGUCAGCAUCUGUUACAGCUUGUCGAGUAUCCUACUGCCCCCAGCUGAAUAACCCAGAUCAUGGUACUGUUGACACCAAUGGCUUAACCCUUAAUAGUAAGGCAUCUUAUACCUGCAAAAAGGGAUACCAACUAAUGGGAACAAAGUUUCGCUACUGCCAACUUUAUCAGGAUCGCAGUACAUAUCUUCAACGAUUUCAAUGGACUGAUGUUGAUCCCUUUUGUCAAGUCAACUGUGGAGUGCCACCACAAAUAGACAAUGGAGUAGCUCUGUACUUACACACUACUCUAGGAGGAGAAGCUGUCUACUCCUGUGACUGUGGUUACUAUUUAACUGGAGAUAUGGUGGUUCAGUGUCAAGACAAUGGUCUCUGGUCUGGCAAUGGCUCCACUUGCAAUGUCCUAACCUGUUCAACUCCUGAGAAUCCAACUUAUGGCAUCUUAGAGCAGACACAGUUCAUGUACUCUGUGGGCUCUGUCCUUGACAUUGCCUGUGAUAGACCAGGCUACGAUCUCUCGGAUCCUUGGCCAUUGAAAUGUGAAUCACCUGUCAGAAAGCAGGUGGCCUCUGUUUUACCCUUAUACCAACUGGCUGUAAACUUCAGCUUGGAAACAGGAAAUGACAUGAACAUCACUCUUUCAUGUGGAACAAAUUACCAAGAGAAGGCAGAGACACUCUUCACUCAGUUCUUGUCACAGUUUGAAAUGUUUUGCACCAGUCCUGUCCAACGGAAAAUAGUGAUAGACUCCGUGAAAGUAACUCUGUGGGCUGAACUGUCUGUUGCCAGACGUGAAGUGCUAGUUCAUUCAGCAGCAUGCUUUCCUCCAUGCUGGAAUCAUCCCAUGAUCCAGAUUGUCCUGCAGUUUCCUUGCUACAAAACACUUUGCAUGCUAGUGGACUGGGGUGGAGAAUGCCCAGAAAGACUUGAACUUUUAGGAGAAGGAUCUCAGUGUUGGAUGGGCAUACCAGCAUGCUGGGAAGAAUGUGAAAAUCGGAUCUACGGCACCAGUACCCUCUCUCCAUCCCCCAUAAACACAGACCAUGAGACCAUCACAUCAUCUCCCCAUUCAGCGACAAUGACCACCACACUCUCUGUCCCGGUCACCACCUCUUUCUUGCCAAGUACCUAUGAUCCAAGUUUGCUGUCAUGGAAUGUUACUCUCUCAAGCACUGAUGUUCAGAGCAGCAUUGCUUCUUCAAAACCAGCAUUCACUGCUGAAUCAGAAACAUCCAGUGAGUCCACAGUUAAAGAUAUCACUGUCAAGUCAACAACUUUGCCCUCAGCAAUUUCCUCUACUGUUUUAAGUAAAACAACUCUGAGUCCUUCACUGUCAGUAACAGGAGAAGCUUCUGCAGUAAUACCUGAAUCACAAACCCCAACUGUGUCGGUGACAAGAUGGGAUGGAAAUGGCAGCAGUGCGACAGGUGCUUUGACAAGUGGACCAGAGUACACGGUGGUUGCAACGAACCCUGUGGACAUUGUGCCAGCAUUUUUCUCUCUGAGAAUUGAAGAUACACUGCAAGGGAGCUUCAGAAACCUAAGUUGUAUUGAUGCUGUGCACCUGAGUAUCAACAAGAAGGUAGUCAGCAUGAUGCAAGACUUCAAAAGUCACAUUGGUAAAGAUUACUGCUUGAAUGCUUCAGAUGUCAUCGUGGAUCUGAAGUCAGGAAACAUUAGUUUCAGAGGGAACAAGCCCCACACAAGCCAAGUGCCAGUUAAAACAAUACCCAGAAUGGUACACACCUUCAAAGGAACAUUUGUGCAGGAGACUCAGGGAACAGGAGCUGAAAAAUGUCAAGAUGAGUACACAGGUGGUCUUCUGGCCUUUCUAACAGAUCUGGAAUCUGCCAUGCAGAAUCGAGAUGCAAGUUGUGCAGCUAUUUAUAUAAACAUAACUGCAAAUAUCACACUUGCUCGCAGAGGCAAUAAGUAUGAUGCAGAGGCUCAGGUGAUUUUGAUGGCAUUGGAUGGCAGUGUAGAUCGCCUAGCCAUGCACAGGUGUGCAGCGUUUGUGACAUCAGAGUUGCUGUACCCACUUAAUCACCUUCCAAAUGUGACAUUGCCAAAGUCCUAUCUUCAAAACUGCCCAGCAAUCACCCUGAAUCCUGCUCAACUUUCAAGCAAUGCUAGCAGUAUCUCUUACUUCUGUCCUGAUAGCUACAUUUAUGAUGUUUUCAACUUUCAGUGCAUUGAUGAGACUUUACCGUCAUACACCAUUCACAUAGACUUAGCAAUUACUGAUGUGACAGACAGUAAUACCUGCCAGCAGGCAAUCCAAAAGGCAGCUGAAGAUGUUGAUCAAAUGGUCGUUGGAAACACACAAAAGCUUAUUCUUACAGGAGGGCUCUGCAGUGUGUCAUCAGUGGGUGCUAGGAUAUUAUUGCAACCGCAGAAUGCCAGAUUGUCACUUGCAGUUGCUCAGACCACCAUCUCUAUUCCUUUGGUAUUGGUCAGUCUGGAUGGACAGAUUGCACCUGUCAAAAACUGCAGGAAUGAACUUUAUUCUUACCUGACUAUGGCCUUAGAUUUUCCUGUCAAGAACAUGACAACCAGCAUACAGAGGGCAUGUUCAAAUGCUGUGGGGCCUAACAACUACACUAUAAGCUCAGAAGAAUGGACUUGCUUUGAAGGAUCCCUCUACAAUUCUGAAACACACACUUGUGUAAAGACAGGAAUUCUAGGGGAAAAGUCCAACAGAUGUUAUAGGUUUGAAGCUUCAGAUAUUAGUGAUUCAGACUUGAAGGUCAAGAGGAGGAAGCGUAAUGUCUGGAGCAGCUUGUUAGUAAAUGCCCUGCCUUACUGGAACACUACUAUCCCCUCAUGCCAAGAUCAUGAAGCACCAACAUUUCAUGACUGUCCAAAGAUGGAGCAGAGGAUUGAACUUGGACCAGGAGGACCAUUGCCUGUAAACAUUAGCAUUCCAGAGAUCAGUGACAAUUCUGGAGGUCAGCUGUUUGUCUCUUUCCAGCCAGCAGACUUUCAUCUUCCAUACAUCUUCCAUCAUAACAUGACAGUCAACAUGUCAGUCACUGACUCAGCUGGAAACAAUGCUGUGUGCAGGAUGUCAGUUGGAUUGAUUGAUACCACACCUCCAUCGGUGGAGUGCCCUACUCAGGUACAUAGACAACACUAUGCUGGCAACAGCAGCCACAUUCCUCUGGUGCUUCCGCUAGAUGUUGUGUCAUCUUGGGACUUCAGUGGGAUCUCUCACAAAGUGUUUAGUCCUUCCCUUGGUACUUUAGUACCUGUUCUUCAGGAGCUGUCCAUAACAGUCACUGUCUUUGACUUCUUUGGAAACAGUGCAAACUGUUCGUUUGUAUACUUCAUUGAAAUGGAUGUGUGCCCUCUGUGGACUCUGCCUGAACCAAGUGGUGGUAAGCGUGUGUGCCCAGACCAAGUAGACAGCCUUGCUGGCAAGGGCUUUUCAUGCACAGUUUCCUGCAACCACAGCUAUGGCUUCAUCAGUCCACCACCUACACAGUAUACAUGUGUUAAUGGCAGCAACUGGCAGCCACAUAAUUAUGUACCAGAUUGUGCCUUGAGAGUUUAUCCAAACCAGGACCUUAACCUAACUUUGAACUUCACCUACAAUGGCACAAUCAGCAAUGAGUGUGCCAAGCAGAUUGGAAACUCCCUUCUGGCAAAUCUGGAGCCAGUGUUUGCUAAAAUCUGUGAAAUUAUUGCUGAUAAUAUCACAAUGAACAUCACACAUAUGGGGUACUUUGACCCACAGAACCAGUUCUCAUUGAAAAUGAAAGUACAACUGGUGCUAAACACCAAGGCUUUAGUCGAUGCAGCUCGGUGGUGUGGGAAACAGAUAGGAACAAAAAUUGAAACGUUUCCUGUUCAGGCAUCAGCUAGCUGUGGCAUGGCCUCUUUACAGCCUCCAGUUGACUUCUUGGUGCAAGACACUUGUUCUGAUGGGUCCAUUCUUGUCGAUGGCUCUUGCUUGGAAUGUCCUCAAGGGAUGUACCAGACAGGCAGCAUCUGUGUGGAAUGUCCAGCAGACUCCUAUCAGGACCAGAAAGGCCAGCAGACAUGUUUUUCUUGUCCACCUGGAAUGCAUACUCUCACUGAUGGAGCCAAGACUGCAAGAGAGUGCAUGGCUGCUUGUGAACCAGGAUACUAUUCCAGCACUGGAUUAGCACCAUGCUUUAGUUGCCCUAAAGGCUGGUACCAGUCUAAACAUAGAGCUACUGCAUGUGAUCAGUGCACAUCUGGAUCCAGCACAUACUCUCCAGCUGCAACAAGUCAUGAAAACUGUAAAGCCAAAUGUCAGCCUGGGCUCUACAGCCUGAGUGGACUUGAGCCUUGUUCUGCUUGUCCUGCUGGUUUUUUUGCCACAAAGACUGGUUCCCAGUUCUGCCUGGAGUGUCCAUGGAACCUGACCACAUUAAGUACUGGCAGCUCAAGUUAUGAUCAGUGUCUUGAGAUUGAUCAGUGUGAAAAUCAGCCAUGUGGAUAUGGUGCCACUUGUAUCAAUCACUUCCGCUUUUUCCACUGUAUCUGCCCAGCAGGAUAUACAGGCAUACUUUGUGAUGAGAACAUAGAUGAUUGUGCCAGUCAGCCAUGCAUGCAUGGUGGUACAUGCGAAGACCAUGUUGGCUACUAUUCCUGCCACUGCAGAGCAGGAUUCCAGGGAACAAUCUGCGAACAGCAGACAAAUGAAUGCGACCCAAACCCCUGUGAGCAUGGCCAGUGCAUUGACCUAAAUCUAAAUUAUGCUUGUAGCUGUUACCAAGGAUACACAGGUGCAAGAUGUGAGAUGCUAAUAGACAAAUGCUUGGAGACUCCAUGUCAGCAUGGAGGCAUGUGCAUCAGUCGCAUUGGUGGAUAUCAAUGUGACUGUACGGGAACUGGAUAUGAAGGACGCAAUUGUGAAAGAAAUAUUAAUGACUGCAGUGCUAGCAGUUGUCAGAAUGGAGCCACAUGCAGUGAUCUUCUUGGUGCCUUCAGUUGCCUAUGUGCUUCAGGCUUUGUUGGGGAAAGCUGUGAGGAGAAUGUUGAUGACUGCAGUAGCAGCUCCUGUGAAAAUGGUGGACUGUGUGUUGAUGGAGUGGAUUCCUUCACCUGCAUAUGCAAGCCUGGAUACACCGGGCAGCAGUGUGAAGAAGAAAUAGAUGAAUGCCUGUCAUCGCCUUGCAAGAAUGGGGCAACAUGCAUAGACUUGCUCCAUGACUACACUUGUUCAUGUUCUACAGGUUUUACUGGAAGGAACUGUGAGGAGAACAUAGAUGACUGCAUCAACAGCCUGUGCAACAUGACCGGCACUGACUGGUGUGAAGAUGGUGUGAAUUCCUACAAAUGCCACUGCCUGGUUCACUGGACAGGUAAACAGUGUCAGGAAUUGGAGGACCCAUGUUUUAUUGCUCCCUGUGCAGAGGGAGCCACAUGCAGUUCUUCUGGGCAGGAUUUUGUCUGCACUUGCCCUGCAGAUUUUACAGGCACUUUGUGUGAAGUGCGAAUUGACAACUGCGCAUCAAGACCCUGUUUAAAUAAUGGAAGCUGUGUGGAGACAGUACAUACCUACAUGUGCUUAUGUGCUGAUGGCUUCACUGGUGUAGUGUGUGAAACUAAUGUGAAUGAGUGCUGGUCACAGCCUUGUUUGAAUGGAGGAACAUGCAGAGAUCUCGUUAAUGGAUAUGCCUGCAGCUGUGUUCCUGGCUAUGUUGGUGAACAGUGUGAGGAAAAUGUAGACGAGUGCAUUAGUCAGCCAUGUCUUCAUGGGGCCACAUGUUCUGAUCACAUGAAUGACUUUCAUUGUGACUGCCCAAAAGGCUUUGAAGGAAAAACGUGUGAGCACAAUGUUAAUGAAUGUUUGUAUAAGCCAUGCAAGAAUGGAGGAACAUGCAUUGAUUUGGAGGGGCAAUUUUUGUGCCUCUGUCCUCCCAACUACAAUGGCAGCAACUGCCAGUCUGGUCCAUGCAGCUUGAAUGAUACUUGCCAGAAUGGUGCAACCUGCAUAAAUAGUCAAGGAAAGGCUAUCUGUCUGUGCCCCCCUGCUUAUGCCGGUGAAGACUGUGGGAAAGAAAAAUCUGGUGACUAUGAACUGUGGUUCCCUGGAAGCAAGGACUCAUUCUGCAACCCACCUCCUUUUGUGUUUCCUGGUGGUUCUGAAUUUGCUGUAUGUUUAUGGCUUCGCUUUGCCUCAUCACAAACUCGAGGAACAUAUCUCACAUUAUUUAGCAUUGAUGAGAAUGACAGAAAUAACUACACCAUGCUAGACAUGACUGGAAACACUGUGUCAGCAUCACUGUUUGGUGAAGUGGAGGGAAGGCACUUUGAGCUGAACAUUGCUGAUGGCAAGUGGCACCAUCUGUGCUAUCAAUGGGCUUGGGGCCAGCAUACAUUAUACAUUGAUGGCAUCAAGUCAGAUGGAGAAUCCUAUUUGUCACAAGAAAAAAAUUUACCUCACAGGAUGCAACUGGUCCUAGGACAGCCCACAAGUACGACACACGGUGAACCUUUCAAAGGUCUGGUCAGCCAUGUCAGCCUUUACAGCUAUACUCUAAAAGAAAAUUUAGUAAAGGUCAUGUUCAACAACUGCAGCAUGAUGGUGAUGGGAGAUGUGUACUCUUGGCCACAGACUGAUGCUUAUGUAAAGGGCAAGGUGACCAUCGUUGCUCCUCGCACCUGUGGCACAUCCAAUUGUCUGCCAUUUUCUGAUGACAAUCUUUGUGACCGCAUUGAAAACAAAAGAGACAGAAUAGCUCCAACAGUGGUGCAAUGCCCUCCUGACCAGGUGAUCACAAACAGCAGUGUUUUGGUGCAGGUCAGUUGGCAAGAGCCCAUCUUUGAAGAUAAUGUGGGCAUCAUCAGCAUACAACAAACUCACAGAUCAGGUCAAAUAUUUCAACAUGGAGAGUACAUGGUGACUUACGUGGCUUGGGAUGCAGAAAACAACUCUGUUGAUUGCAGCUUUGAAGUUAUUGUUAGACCAUUUGCAUGUGUGGAGCCUCCAGCCCCCAUAAAUGGUGCCAAAGUCUGCAAGACUUGGUUGUAUGGCAGCUUCUGUUCUGUGACUUGCCUCCCUUCUUACACGUUUGUGGAGCAGCCCCCACCUUUCUACAGCUGUGGCAGGUUGGGCUUCUGGGACCCACCCCGAGGCAAUCCUUUUCGCUUCCCACCAUGUGCUUCCAUUCACAACCCGUCUGCCAGCUUAAAAGGAGGGAUAGAGUUUACGGGUCCUGCAUGUUCAGAAGAGUUUAAAGUUAAGCUGAAGAAAAAUUUCUUCCAAGCCAUGUGGGAGCUUGAUGCUGGCCUGGGACUGUGCACUGCAGAAGUGUGCGACUUUGAAAAUGGUUUCAGGGUUACUUGCAACCCAACAACAGCAAGUCGCCAGAGACGAGAGAUAGCUGAUGUCUAUUAUGUAGACAUCAACCUCAGCAUCACCACAAACAGCUCUGUCUUUAAGCAAGCCAGCAGCCAGUUGGUGGCAGAGAAGGUGGUAACAGCAAUCAAGCAAGGGCGGUUCGAUGAUAGCAUAUUUAUAGCCCAGCACACUUCAGCGCACCUGACAGUUGAUUACCAGUGCUUGCCAGGACAAGUCUUAAAAAGCAUCACAGACUUUGCAGCUAAAGCUUGCUUUGACUGUCCACCAGGAUACAUGUAUGACAACGUCACAAAAAACUGUGCCAUCUGUAGAGAGGGAAGCUACACGGAAUAUCCACGACAGUUUCAUUGCGUCUUAUGCCCCACAGGCAUGACAACUUCUGCACCUGGUUCUGCAUCAAUAAUUGAUUGUAUUGAAGUGUGUCCUCCAGGAAGUUAUUACAAUCUGUCUGGUGGACAUUGUGAACUUUGCCCAAAAUGCCAGUACCAGGAUACCACAGGCCAAACAGCAUGUUCUUCAUGUCCUACUGGUUACACUACCCAAAGGCCUGGGGCUGCAUCUGUUGAGCUCUGUAGAGCAUGUAGCACUGGCCAAGAACUUGGGGAUGAUGGUAGUUGCUGCCCAUGUCCUUAUGGCACUUACCGGGAGAGUGACAAAGAAGAUUUCUGUUUGUCAUGUCCAUAUGGCCUGACCACUGACGCUCCAGGCUCAACAUCUGUGUCUAACUGCACUGUUGUGGUCUGUGAAAAGGGUUGGUAUCGCCUACAGACCAACACCUGUGCAGCAUGUCCGCAAGGGACAUUUCAGCCUUCUCGAGGGACAAGUCAGUGCAUUCCAUGUGGUGUGGGUUUGACCACUGCAUCUAGUGGUACUAUACAACGAGACCAGUGUGAGCCAGGGCCAGUGAAUGAAUGUGUGACAGGAAGUCACCAGUGUCAUAAACAUGCUGAGUGUAUGGAUACUGAGAAUAACUACCACUGCACUUGCAAAGCUGGCUACACUGGUGAUGGCGUCAAUUGUACUGACCUGUGCCUGAACUACUGUGGUGACCAUGGAGUUUGUGACUAUGGAGUCAAAGGUGAACCUUAUUGUAACUGUGCCACUGGCUAUCUGGGCAGCCAGUGCAGUGACAAAGUUGUCAAGGAUUUAAGCAGUGCAAUGAUUGGAGGAGUCGCUGGCUUUGUUGUGGCAGUUCUCGUCAUAUGCAUUUUCACUGCACUCUGUUAUUGGAGACACAGAGCAGAAAGGAAGAAGUCUCAAAGUCGGAUAUACCGUACAAGGAUGUCCAGUUCAGCGUUUUGUAAUGAGGGAUAUGAGACAGUGCGUGAGGGCAGCAACACUCCUUCACAACUAAUUAUUCAAGAACAGGAUAGUUCUUCCUCAUCUGCCUCAUCUUUGUCUAUUGCUCCACGAUGGAACCGCUCCACCUUUGCCAACUCUGAUGAGGAUGAAACAGAUGCCUGCUGGUUCGAGUCACUGCCAAUGGAUGACAUGUCCCUUGGAUGUGAUGCAUUCAGUAAGCCAGAACUUGUUGAGAGCCAAUCAUACUUCUAGAACAAUCUAGGCCACAUCAUCAGAAAUAAGCUGAUGUCCAUCCAAGCAUAAAGGAAAUGGCUGCAACUACUCACACACAGAUUCUGGCUAUGAAAACUCUUAUAGUAAUUGAUCAUCAUGUCUGUUUAUGUGUCAUUGAUCAGUCAUGUACUUGUGUGAUAUACUCUGAUUAUGUAAUAUAAGAGAGCUUUUUUAAAAAGAUGAAGAACAAUUUCCUGAAAUAGGCUGGUGUAUGAGGAUGAUUAUGUGUUCAGGGUUUCCUCUUAAUUUCUGGAAUGCCAACAACUCUUGGAGACCAACAACACAAUGAUGUGUGAUUUUAGCAAGUUGUGAAUAACUAUAUGUUUUUAAGCUGGUGAACUGGAUCAAAAUGGAUUCCUUGCUGGAAUUUAGUUUUAAAUUAUGUGUGAAGAACAAUCCGUUUUGUGACCAAAUCAGUUUAUUACACAUGGGGAAAAUGUGGAAUCUAGUACUUGUUGACAAGCGCACCUAAAAAAAUUAUUUAUAUUGCACAUUUUUGAGUCUUUGACAGAGUAAGUGAAUAGAAUGCAAAAUUAAAAGUGAGAUGACAAUCAUUUUCCCUCUUUACUCACACAAGCAAAAAUAUGUGCUCAUAGCACAAAAAUAAUGUUGCUAUUCUAAGAAACUGUAUAAUCUAUAUGUAGUCUUAUUUAUGAAGUUUUGUUUACUUGACUGUCUCAGCGAAGAUUUAAUGGCCAGAUUCAAUCUUUAAAUGCAUGAGAUGAUGUACUUAGCUGCCUACCUGGUCAUUAUACCGGGAAAACAGAAUGAUGUUGGUCUUUCAUUACUUGAUUGUGAAUUUGUUAGUAAAAGUUGGAUCUGUAGCAAUAUUGUAAA